GCAGGUUUCUCCUACUGCAGUCCUACUGAUAAUCGCUAGAUGCCGCUGUGUCAUUGCUCCAUUAGCUGUCAUAUUCCCGCGAGAUUUGACGAGACUUGACGGCUGUCGCCAUGACGACCACCAGCACCAAUGUCCGCCAUGAUGGAAAGGGAAGAAAGGUUUGAAAAGUUGGGGCUAGUUACUUGGACGUAAAAACCAGUGUCUUUUAGGACUGACGACUCCGUUUUAUAUGAUACACAGAUUUUCUAGAUUGCAGUAACCAUGGCCACUUUACCAGCCAUUUCCCCGAACCAGGGGAUCUACAUGGGGGGUGCCAGUAUACCACAGCGGCGCAUGCCCAGCCCGCCCAAGGGGAGGGCCCCCAAACCUACCCUCAAACCAGUGAAGAGAGUUCAGGGCACGAAGGACAGAGAUAUGCUGAUGAAACAACAGAACCUGCGAGUUCAACAACCAGAAUUGGACAAGUUAGAGACAGCAAGAUAUCGUAACUCCUACAAACACAACCUGUGCCUGGAGAUGCUGAGAGAAGGGUUCCACAAGUCCUUCACAGAGCUGUUCCAGCUGAUGAAGAAGAGGAAGGAUGAGAGGGAGGAGGCGGGGCCAGACUCGUUGCUAUGGCAGGAGCCUCUGCUGGAGGACCAACCAGAGAAGCUGGACCAGAUCAAACACUACCUGACGAGAGGAGAGGCUGCCAGGAGAAUGGGUAAUAUGGAGGAGGUGUACCACUGUCAGUACCAGCUGGCCAAGUACUUCCAGAGUACCGGCGACACCUGGCUGUCUGACCACUUCUUCCAGGCCUGCCUGCAGACCAGCCUGUCGGUACGCGGAGACGGCAGGAGGAAAGAGGCCGAGGCCAACUGUAACAUCGGUCUGGCGUACGAAGAGAGAGGAGAGUACGACAGAGCUGCACAGCACUUUGUCGAGUUCCACGAGCUGGCGUCCGGUCGGAACUGGAAGGACGCGAGCGGGAAGACGCUGGAAGCCUCGUCAUGUGACCACUUGAGUCGGAUCUACACGACCAUCGCUGAUCAGAUGAAGGCUCAGGAUCCGCAGGGCGCCAUACAGUACCUCGCAAAGGCUUUCGAGAUGGCAAAAGAAGGUGGAGACAGUUACAAGGAAGGUCUGGCCAGUUACAGACUGGGGAAGGCUUACGAGAGUAGUGCGGACUCAGAGACAGCAAUUCUGUACCUAAAUGGCUACCUGGAGAUCUGUAAAGCUAACGGAGAUGACAUGGGGUUUGGGCAGGCUUGUGAGGCCAUCGCCAAGUCUUACGAGAGCCAGGGAAAGAUUGAAGAGUCCAUCCAGUACCUGGAGGCGUUUGUGGAUGUUGCAGAGAGAACCCACCAGGACACUGCACUGGUCAACGCCUGCAGCUGUCUGGGGGUCAUCUAUAACUCACUGGGCAAGUAUGGCCACGCCUGUCAGUACUUCGGUAAGGCGUACGAAACAGCGCGGGAGCUGAACAACCCCGGGAUGAUGGCGGCAGCGCGGGUACAGUACGGGGUCUCCAACGCCCACCACAGACUGGAGGACUAUGCGGGACACCUGCAAACUCCUAUGAGAUACCAGAUGGAGAGAAUGAUCGAAUGGAAGGACGUCAGAUUUGACGAGUUCGACCAACCAAUCAGAGAGAGAGCCCCCUUGGGUCACACAGCGAGUGAGGAGACGGCUACAAGCGAGGAGGACACACCGCGGGAAGUUUCGGAGCCCGAGCCCGUAGCGGAGACGGACGCCACAGCGGGAGAGGAAACAGCAGAGGGCGCAGACGAGCAAACGCCACAAGAAGAACCGGCCUCAUAGGGAGGGGGGUCUUGUCAUAAUUUUCAACCCUGUUCAUACCAGGAUUUGCAAAUUGAGAUUGACCUUGAUUCGCUGAAUGUUCCUCGUUUGAACAGUCCAAAUCCGGAAUUAAUCCUGAUUCGCUGAGUUAUCGUUAAUUAUACGGAGAUUUGGCGUAAUAGGGGAACAUUUCUGUGUAUGAGUGAAUCCUGAUUUGCGAAUCCUGGUAUAAACGAGGUCUUAAACAUGGGUGGGGAUUGGUGACAGGUAUAUUUCCAUAGCAGACCACAUACACUUUCAAUUGGUAGUCUGCAGUUCAUUGAAAUACUCGAGACUGAAUGACAGUGAAUAAAGCAACUUCAAGAAAUCAUCCCUCUUUUCUUACAAACAAUUUCUUUAUUUUAGGAGAAAUUGAAUUAGGUGGCCAAAUCAGAAAAAAUCUGCAGUGUAUUUUUGUCUUCUGUUCAACAUGUACUGAGUCCUACACUUUCAGCAUUCGAUGAUACUUGUAUAUAUUUCUCAAAAAUUUUAUGUGAAGAAAUACUUUGAAUUCUUAUUAUAUGAUAUCGUGCACCAGUAUGUAAAUAUAUUGUGACAGUAUAGCGACAUAUUUUUUUGCAUAUCUGUAUCAUAGAUUUUGACAGGCUACACAACUUGGUUGGGAUAUUUCAGUUUUGAGGUGGAUAAAGAAUAGGCAUUAGUAGGCUGAAUGCAUGUUUCCAGACUACUGUGAAUUAUGAUAUAUUAAUAAUUUUGAUACUUUGUUUGGACAGCCAUUAGGUGCCAUAAAGCUUUGACAGCAUGACUCACUGAAAAAAUAUUUUCUGCAUGAUCUUUGUUUGUCUCAGAAGCAAGUGUAUUUUGUUAACUCUUGUCAAAUAAAUGUAGACUUGAACCCUUUUUUUCCUCUGGGAUUUUAUAAAAAUUGUGAUUAUUGUGGCUGUAAUAAGCACGGUCAAAGUUCCAAGUAAGCAUGUGCAGCAAUGGGAAUUGUGGGUAAGAUGAAGGGUCAAAGGUGAAGGCCCCUGACUUGUAAACAAUACUUGUGUGGACUCAUUGUCCAAUUUGCAUAACAAUGUUUUGUUUAUGUCUCAUGGGCCUUGACCUUUGACAUCUUACCCACAAUUUCUCACUGCACAAGCAUACUAGUACGUACUUGGAACGUUGAACCUCUUUCAAAAGGAAUACGUAGAGAUGCUAAGUAAUAACAUAACAAUCCAAAUAUCUGACAGAGUCAUGUAGCCACUCUCCCAUUGGUCAAACCAUUAAUUGCCAUGUUGUCAUUGGGUGAACUGCUAAUUGUGGUGGACAGCCAUGAUUGGUCUAUUGGCAGCUGGGUCUAAGUAGCAGCUUAUGUCAUCAGAGCCUUCACUUUUGACUGUGUGAGAGGAUAUUGCCAAAGUGCCUUAGUAAAACAUGAAUUAUCUACUU